AUGGACGGUGCUGCGAAGCGUGGCGAGGGCUUUUGGCCCAAACUCGAUCAGGCGCGCGGGAGUUUCAUCCAUUUCGUCAGUGUUCUUCGGAAAAUUGACCAGAAUCGACCGAGAGCCAUGGCGCACCAGACAAAGGCGACUCCUCUGGUAGCGUCCGUCACGCGUCGAGCACGACGAGCAAUCAUCACCUGCUCGCCAACGUCGUCAGCACACCACUAUAGGAACCUCCAGGUACGGUACGAUCAGCUGUUUUGUGGGCGGGCAUAGCUCUAUCCCACGUUUGUCGGCGGGCAUUGCAGUGCUCUAUCCCACGCAGCUCGUUCGGGCUUGUUCGGGCCAUCACGUGCCUCCAACGUGUCUGACCCCUGUACCACCCUCGUGUCUCAAGCUGAUCCCAAGCCUUCUUCAACCUUCAGCCAUCGGUUAUCCGCUACUGCAGCAUCACUCAUCUGGAGACUCAUGUCAUCGGCGCAUACUUGGAUCCCCAGCUCAAUCGCCAUCCCUUACAUCACCGCCACGUUUGCGCUGCUCGUCUCGAUCGUCGUGCUCAUGAGUUUCCUUUGGCGUCGUCGGAUUGACUUCUCCGGCAAGGUGCGUCGCCUUUGAGGCAGUUCAAGCGAACAAAAGGGAGGGUGAAGAGCGACAUGUACGGACACUGAGGCCUUCUACGCAUCCAGCACUGCUACAUUGGUGGAGGCUCCGAGGGGCUCGGACUCGCCCUCGCCUGUCUGCUUGUAGAGCGCGGCGCCCACGUCUCGAUCGUCUCGAGAAGUAAAGUAAAGUUGGAGGCGGCCCUUGCACGCAUAGAGGUGGGUGGAAAAACAAGAUGCUGGGUGCUGGUGCUGGGUGUAUGACCCGGCUAGUAGCUUUUGCCGCAGCGAGUGCUGACUUCCUUCGCGUGCACCCACUGCAGACCCACCGUCAGUCACCGAGCCAACAGAUCGCCUCUUACGCGUGCGACCUCACUUUGGCCGACGAUGCCGCAGCGACGCUGAACCUGGCGUGUGAAACGUUUGGAGAGGCGCCGGAUUUCGUCUUUGCGUGCGCUGGCGGCACGUUCCCGGGUUUCUUUGCCGACCUCGAUGCCGAGCGUCACUGGCAAGGCAUGCAGUGGAACUUCAAGACCGCACUCUGCACGAUCCAUGAAGCCACACGACGUAUGCGACAAGAGGGAAAACCCGGAAAGAUCGUCUUCACGGCCAGUGUCUUGGCUAUGAUGGGCUUUGCGGGCUACUCGGCGUACACGCCUAGCAAGUACGCAAUUAGGGGUACGUGCCACACUUUACGUUUUAGAAGAUUCCACCACCGUCGCUCACGUAAUGUUGAUCUUGAGUCCAGGACUGGCCGAGACCCUUCGGAACGAACUGCAGAUGUAUGGCAUUUCAGUCCAUCUGUUCUUGCCUGCAACGAUCCUGUCGCCCGGUUUCGUCGAGGAGCAGAAAGUCAAACCGGCCAUGACCCGCAGAAUCGAGGGACCCGAUGUGGGCUUGACUCCCGAGGUGGUAGCUGCGCACAUGAUCCGAGGUGAGCAACGCGCGAGAACUUUAAUUACCCGUCCCUCCAUCUGUUUGAGAAACCUUACCACCUUCUCUCUCUCAUAUGAUCAGGCUUGGACCGUGACAACUUCUACAUCACGUAUGAGCCUGUGGGACACAUGCUGCGAAAUAGUCGAGGCAUCACCCCGCGUAACAAUGUACUCAUUGAUACGCUGUGGGGUAUUGCCGGAACGGUAGGCUUGUAGCAAUCGUUCACAACAGAUAAUCGAGAAGCUGAUGAAACGUUCCUUUGCCUUCGAUAUUUGCUGCAGAUCGCCUUUCCAAUCUGGCGCAGGAUAUCCCCUGACAGCGAGGUUCGAGCGGAGGCCAAGAAAAUUUUGAGUGCGCGCAAGAUGCAAGAAGGCUCUAGCUAG